UUUUGGAUUCCUUCUUUCUCUUUCAUUUUUCAAGACAGACAUGUUUAUGAUUUUCUCCCCCUUAAAUACCCCUUCUUUAUCACCACCGUUUCGUUGUCAUUUCUCAAACUUCACAAUUUUCUAAAGCAAAAUGGCUUUCUUCUCUAAACUCUCUGUUCUUGUUCUGACUUUGUGUUUUUAUGCUUAUUUCAUCAUGUUUGUUGUUUCUCAGCCUUCUGCUCUCAACAUGGUGGAACAAGAAGCAGUGUACAAUGUUCUUGAAUCCAUUAACUCUGAUGUCUCUUGGCGUUCCCUUUUCCCUGAUGAUCUCUGUUCUUCUUCCCCACAUGGGGUUAUUUGUGAUUACUUUGUUUCCACUACAAACUCAUUUACUCCUCAUGUAACUGAGAUUAGUCUUGGUUAUGUUUCAGAUUAUGCUCCUAAUCCACCUUGUACUCCUAAUAGCACACUUAAUGCUUCCCUUUUUGCCCCUUUUUCUUAUCUAAGAAAGAUUUUUGUUUACAAAUGUUUUACUGAAAAUGAGGUUUCUUUGAUUGACUUUGGAUCUUUGCCUUCUUCUUUGGAGGAGGUGGUUUUCUUGGAGAAUCCAGGUCUUGUUGGUUCUUUAAGUGAUAAAGUUGGAAACUUGAUGAGUUUGAGGAGGUUGGUUUUGAGUGGGAGUGGUGUUUAUGGGGAAAUCCCAAAUGGGGUUGGUGGUUUGGUCAAUUUAGAGCAGCUGACUUUAUCAAGAAACAAGAUUAGUGGUGAAAUUCCAGUAGGGUUGAUGACAUUGAAGAAACUCAAGAUUCUUGAUUUGAGUCAAAAUGAGCUUGAAAGUAGUGUUCUUGAAUCUAUAGGGAACUUUACUCAACUUUUGAAACUUGACUUGAGUUACAACAAGCUUACUGGGAAAAUCCCUCAAAGUUUGAAGGGUUUGAAGAGUUUGGAGUUUUUGGACUUGAGUUACAAUAACUUUUCAAAUUCUGGGGUUCCAUUGUUUUUGGCUGAGAUGUCUAGUUUGAAGGAAGUCUACUUAAGUGGAAACUAUCUUGGAGGGGAAAUUCCAGAAAUAUGGGAGAAUCUUGAGGGUAUUGUGGGGCUAGGCUUAUCAAAAACAGGACUAGUUGGGAACAUUCCUGUUUCUAUGGGGGUGUACUUGAAAAACAUAUGUUAUUUGGGGCUUGAAAAUAACAAGCUGGAAGGGGCAUUGCCUGAAGAGUUUGGGGCAUUGGAAUAUGUGAAUGAGUUACAUUUGGAGAACAAUAAUUUGAGUGGUAGACUUCCAUUCUCUCCAAAAUUUGUAUCCAAAGUUGGAGAAAAGUUGAAGUUGGGAGGCAAUCCUCAACUCUGUGUAGAUGAAGGCUUGAGAAUAUCUAAUGUUAGUGUUAGCUUGAGGCUACUAAAAAUGUGCAACAAUGCUAUUAGUGCCAAAUUUGUCCCAUUCUCUGGGGCAUCUUUGGUACUGGUGCCUGUUUCCCAUGUUGUCUUUUUUCUUGGAAUUUUGUUUCUCCUGUGCUAGUAGACAAUCUUGGACAUAUACUGACUAAUGACUUUUUAAGUAUAGGGAAAUUUUGGAAUGUGUUCUGAUAUAGCACUUGUUGAUAGAAACUUUUCGGUUUUAGUAGAGUUUUCUUUCUGCAUUUUUCCUGUUGUGUGUUCACAAGAUGAAAGAAGCUAAGAGGUGUAAUUAUAAAGUUAAGGAAGAUUCAUAUAGUUUGUAA